ACAGCCUCGUUUUGUACGCUCUCCGAGAGGACUGAGAGGUUGGACUAUAGGCUUUGUGUGUGUGUUUGCCGAAGACUACGAAGCGCGCAAGAGGCUGAUUCUCUCUGUUUUCCUGUAUUAUUCUAUUUUUCGCUUCUAUAUAUAUAUCUAUUGCCCGUAUAUUAAUUCCGGGGGGCCCUUUUGUUUUUGUCGCCACCAUGAAAGCCAUCAGCCCAGUGCGCUCGGUGAGGAGCUGCUACGAAGCGGUGUGUUGCCUCUCGGAUCAGAGCCUGGCCAUUGCCCGGGGCAGCAACAACAAGAGCCCGGCUCUCGAGGAGCCCAUGAGCCUCCUGUACGACAUGAACGACUGCUACUCCAAGCUGCGCGAGCUGGUCCCGGGCAUCCCGCGAGGCAGCAAAAUGACUCAAGUGGAGAUCUUGCAACACGUCAUCGACUACAUCUUCGAUCUCCAGAUCGUGUUGGAGGAGCAGGCGAAGAAGGGGCAGGAUCCGUCCACGGAGGCGUCUCUAUUCUCCUUAAAAGCAGCAGAGCUGGCAUCGGAACUCUGUUCGAAGGAGGAGAGGACUCACUGCCACUAACAUUUACCCAGGCUGCAGGUGUGGGAUCCUGACACUUCGUUCCUUCCAGAGAGAGAGAGAGAGAGAGGAAAAAAAGAGCAGGGGAAAAAAGCAAGAAGAGACCUUGAUUGGAGAAAAUAUCAAAUGUUUUAACUUGCAUGCAUCUAGCAAUGGAGGAACCCCAGCCUUUAUCUUCCAGAUAAAGUUGGCGAUAGAAUCCCAUCGCCCAAGGCGCUUUCCAGUGACUUUCCUGGGACUCCUAAUAACAAGGUUCAUCUGUGUUUUGAUAUCUUCCAUCUGCUGAAAAACAAGCUCUGUGCUGGCAAGGAAACAAAAGCACACGACUCGUUAUUUCCCUGGCACUCUCACGUUAAUUGUCAGAUUAAUGCAUUUCACAAGAAGAGAACUUGAUGUCCAAAAGCAGGGAGGUUUUAAAAAGUUCAGCACAGGUGGAAUGUGAGCCAUCAAACCUCUACUGGUGCCAGGGAGCUCUCUUGACAGUUGGAUUGUUCCACUGUUUCAUCAGUUGAUGAAAAAUAUGGACAGAUUUAUAUUUUGCCAUUUUUCCCAGGGGGGAGUGUAGGGGGGGAGACAUGGCAAACAACUCUUUACAGAUGUUCUACUUGUGUAUAUUUUGGAUUAUCUUUUUUUAACAUUGUUUCUGUUAAUGAGAAAAAAAUGGGAAGGGACUUUCUAAGAAUAUGAAAACUGAAUUGUCCUGGGGCAGUUCUGCCUCAUUAUUUUUAUUGUUGAACUCUAUAAUAGAGAGAACAAGUUGCAUACCUUUUUAUUUUGCAGGAAGAGGAAUUUCUGCAUUCCGAGUCCUAGUUGCUUUGUAAAACUUUUUAUAAAAGUUUCUUACAUAAUAAAAUGUUAAGAUGUUGUC